AUGGCAAACGUGAACUGGAGUUGGGAUGAAAACAAAAUUUUUGAAAACGCCCUCACUCUGUACCCGGAAGACGCAGAAAACAGGUGGGAGUUGAUCGCAGAAUUGCUUCCAGGAAAAACUGCUCAAGACGUCAAGGCUCAAUACCAGAAACUGAUUCAAGAUUUGGAAGCCAUUGAAGCCGGUUUGGUUCCAUUGCCUGCGUACAGAGAAUUUUCAGAGGAAGAGAUGGCGGAAGCCAGGAAGAAACUGGCCGAGGAACAAGAGGCCGCCAACUCAACGGGGUUCAGCACAACAGAAGGAAGCGGCAGUGGGAAGCAAUGA